AAGGGCGUGUCCCGCUUCAGCACCGAGCGCAACAAGCCCCUGGACUCGGGCUCGCUUCUCGAGGUGCAGGGUGCCAAGUUCGGCCUGCGCCUGCAGUGGGGCGGUGCCGACAGCGACAACGGCUCGGAGGAGGUCGUGGCGCUCUACGCCCAGCUCGUGCAGAGCACGGUGUCGACGCCCUUCUGGUGGCGCGCGCAGCUGCGGGCGAUCGCCUCGGACGGCAAGGCGACGCCCGGCCCGAACGCGCCGGAGUGGCUCGAUGCCAAGAAGUCGAGCGACGCCAAGCUGUGGGGGCACCCCAAGUGGUGGAAGCGCGCGGACCUGCUCAGGAGCUCUUGCGUGUCGGACGAUUGCCUCGUCCUCCAGCUCAAGGUGGAGGCGUGGCCUUCGGCCCCGAGGACGGAGUACUGCCUUCCCGUGGGCGCGUUCUCCGAGGCGCCCGGCGUCUCGCUGGCGGUGGACUUGGAAGAGUUGCUGAGGCGCGGCGAGGGCGCGGACGUCGAGGUGCGCGCGGGGGCGCCGGACGAGGAGGGCUCGGUCAAGUACCCGCCGCUGAGGGCCCACCGCGUGGUGCUCGCGGCGCGCUCGCCCGUGUUCAGGCAGAUGUUCUUCAGCGCCGGGAUGCGGGAGUCCUUGGACGCGCACAUCACCCUCGGCGACGCCGACCCGAAGGCAGUGCAGUGGUUUGUCGGAUUCCUUUACAGCGACAACAUUGCCGACGAAGUCUGGCAGGACGACGACGCCGUGUGCCACCUGCUGGCGUUGGCGCACACGUACGACGUCAGCGCGCUGCUGAAGAGAUGUGAGGCCCGCAUCGGCUCCCGGCUCUCCGAGGAGAACGCGCUGGAGCGGCUCAUGAUGGCAGAUCAAUACAGCAUUUCUGGUCUGAAGGAGAUGGUGCUGCAGUUUAUCGUCAAGUCCAAGGAGCGCCUGGCCAAGGUGCAGGGCUCCCCGGACUUCGCGAGGAUGGGGAAGAAUUUCCCGCACCUCUUGGGGGAGAUUAUCUCCGCCUUUGUCCCGCCCGAGACGAAGAAGAGGCCUGUCGCCGCCGCGCUUCCGGACGACUGGGAGUCCAGGACGGUGGUGCAGCUGAAGCAGCUGUGCACCGACCACGGUCUGCACACCUCGGGCACCAGGGACGUGCUGAUACAGCGGCUGCAGCAGUGGCGCAACUCCCAGGGCUGAGGCUCCUUGGCGUCGUCCUCGUCGUCUUCCUCCUCCUCCUCCUCCUCCUCCUUCUCCUCCUCCUC